AUGAGUUUCGUCGCAAAACCGUGGAAGCGACUUGGGACGCGGUGUGACGUGCCAGCAGUCGAACUCACUCAGCUACAUUUGGCUUGCCCGGCUUGUGAUCAAUACUUCGGUUUGUUAAAUCGCCAAAUUGUAGGUGGAACAUUGGUUUCUUGGACGACACUACUCAAGAAUCCGUCCUGUCGUAAUUUUCAGCUGUGA